AUGUUCAGCUGGUUAGGGCGGCAGGCGGGCGGGCGCGGAGGCACGGGCGCGGACCCGGUGCAGACGGUGACGGGUGGCCUGCGCUCGCUCUACCAGCGCAAGGUGCUGCCGCUGGAGGAGGCGUAUCGCUUCCACGAGUUCCAUUCGCCCGCGCUGGAGGACGCCGACUUUGAGAACAAGCCCAUGAUCCUGCUGGUGGGCCAGUACAGCACCGGCAAGACCACCUUCAUCAGAUACUUACUGGAGCAAGACUUCCCAGGCAUGAGGAUUGGGCCAGAGCCCACCACCGACUCCUUCAUCGCUGUGAUGUAUGGGGAAACCGAGGGCAACACCCCAGGGAACGCUUUAGUCGUGGACCCCAAAAAGCCCUUUCGAAAGCUUGGUCGCUUUGGAAAUGCCUUCCUCAAUCGAUUUAUGUGCUCCCAGCUGCCCAAUGAGGUCCUGAAGAGCAUCAGCAUAAUCGACAGCCCUGGCAUCCUGUCUGGAGAGAAACAGCGCAUCAGCCGAGGGUAUGACUUCUGCCAGGUCCUUCAGUGGUUCGCUGAGCGGGUGGACAGGAUUAUCCUGCUCUUCGAUGCUCACAAACUGGACAUCUCAGACGAGUUCUCAGAGGCCAUCAAGGCCUUCCGGGGCCAGGACGACAAGAUCCGUGUGGUGCUGAACAAGGCCGACCAAGUGGACACGCAGCAGCUGAUGCGAGUCUACGGGGCCCUCAUGUGGUCCCUGGGCAAGGUCAUCAACACGCCUGAGGUGCUACGCGUCUACAUCGGCUCCUUCUGGACGCAGCCCCUGCAGAACACUGACAACCGAAGGCUCUUCGAGGCCGAGGCCCAGGACCUGUUCAGAGACAUCCAGAGCCUUCCCCAGAAGGCGGCAGUGCGCAAACUCAACGAUCUCAUCAAGCGAGCGCGGCUGGCCAAGGUACAUGCCUACAUCAUCAGCUUCCUGAAGAAGGAGAUGCCAAGUAUGUUUGGAAAAGAAAACAAGAAGAGAGAACUUAUCAGCAGGUUGCCAGAAAUCUACAUUCAGCUGCAGCGAGAAUACCACAUCUCUGCAGGGGACUUCCCCAAGGUCAAGGCCAUGCAGGAAAAGCUUGAGAACUACGACUUCACCAAGUUCCACUCGCUGAAGCCCAAGCUGAUUGAGGCCGUGGACAACAUGCUGACCAACAAGAUCUCGUCACUGAUGAACCUCAUUAGCCAGGAGGAGAUGAGCAUGCCCCCGCCACUCGUGCAGGGUGGCGCCUUCGACGGCACGGCCGAGAGCCCCUUCAACCAGGGCUACGGGGAGGGCGCCAAGGAGGGUGCUGAUGAGGAGGAGUGGGUCGUGGCCAAAGACAAGCCCGUCUAUGACGAGCUCUUCUACACCCUGUCGCCCAUCAACGGAAAGAUAUCAGGCAUCAACGCCAAGAAGGAGAUGGUGACCUCCAAGCUGCCCAACAGCGUCCUAGGCAAGAUCUGGAAGCUGGCUGACUGUGACGGCGAUGGCAUGCUAGAUGAGGAGGAGUUCGCGCUGGCCAAGCACCUCAUAAAGAUCAAGCUCAGCGGCUACGAGCUGCCCAGCAGCCUGCCCCCUCAUCUUGUGCCGCCCUCCCACAGGAAGUCCUUGUCCAAGGCCGACUAA